AAACUUCGUCACGACUUGCCUCUAAUUUUCUAUCGGGCAUUCGGGCUGUUUAUUUGUCGGUAUUCAUUUUUUCCAGUUGACAGUUUACUUUACUGUAUAUAUUUUGUAAAAUGAAUGCUCCUCCAACAUUUGAAUCGUUUUUGCUGUAUGACGGAGAAAAAAAAAUAGUCAAAGAAGUGGAUACUAAAGUAACCAAUGCAGCAAUUUUUACAGUCAACAAAGAAGAUCAUACUUUGGGAAAUAUGAUCAGAAACCAACUACUUAAAGACCCUAAUGUACUUUUUGCUGGAUAUAAACAACCACAUCCACUGGAACAUAAAUUUGAACUUCGCAUACAAACAACAUCUGAUUAUACACCUCAAGAUGCUUUAACUAAUUCUAUAACUGAUCUUUUGGCUGAACUUUCUUUGUUUGAAGAACGUUUCAAGAAUUUCUAUUGGGCGCCCGUAGGUUUCUGCCAUGCCCGGUUGGGGGAUGGCGGCAUUUGUUCUCCGGUCACCGCUACUUGUCUGGAGAAAAAUGCCACCCGGUGGCCGAGAAUCAAACCGCGACCGGUUGCGUCGCAGUGGACGUGUCAGACUAUUCGGUCACCUCGUCCCCCAAUAUAAAUAUUAACUAUGACUUGAAGUAUCUUUGACAGGUAUGUUUUUUAUGAGUAAAAAAUAAUUUAAAUUUCUAACUAUACAUGAUAUAUAAAUCAUAAAUUUGUAAAAUAAAAUAUUUCACUUUUGGUUGUAUUAUGAAUGUAUCUUACACUGUACUAUAUUUAUUUUUCAAUAAUUGUUUUAUAUAAAUUUAAAUUUAUUGAGACAGAUAUCCUUCAA